UUAUAAAAAUAUUAAAAAUGGAAUGUUUGAUUUUAUAUCAAAGUUCAAAUUUUGUUUGUGUGUUUGUGUGUUGGUGUGCCAACUUCAAGUCAGCCAAAAAAACCGGUUAAAAAAUGUGAAGAACAUGUGAUUUAGGUUGACAGUUUAGCAACAAAAUAAAAACAAAAGUCAGGUGUAUACAAUUGACGUUGAUGUUUGUUGAUGUUUGUUGAUUUAUAACAAUGGAGAUAUUAAAAUCAACUUUUUUGAUAAUUAAUAUUUUUUUAAUUGAAGUCACUGCUGAAUUAAUAACAGUUGAUGAAAAAUGGGUGUCUCCACAAAAAGCAUAUUAUUGUUAUUCAUUGAGGGAACACAACAUCUGUACAUCAUUGAUACACACAAGAACUGGUGUACCAUUUGACCUUGGAGUGAGUGUUGGCUAUGAUUAUCAUGAAUACAAAUCAAUUAAAGAUACAAACUUGUCUCCAUCAAUGGAAUUUCAAUUUGAAUACAAAAAAGAAUUGACAAUAAAAGUAUUAGUUGUCAAUGAAGUUGUUGAAGCUUUUAAUUCUACUACUCAUCGUUUACUUUUGUCAACAGUUAUUUAUGACAAUUAUGAUGGUGACACUAAAAUUUAUAAAACAAAACACAAGUAUUAUUAUUACAAAGACAGUGCAAGUAUUAAUAAAAGCUUGACAGGUAUUUCAAUUGAGCAUUAUAUUUUGUUGACAAUUUUAAUUGUGGUUAUAAUUGUUUUACUGUUUUUUUGUUAUUGCAAAAGAUCACACAAACCAUGUAACAAAAAAAUGUAAAUUGUGAUUAAAUUUAUAUGAAAUAUUCAGGAAUUAUGUUUGUAAAUAAAUAAUUCAUCAAAGUGAAUAGAAAAGAUAAAUGAAUAAAUGAUUACAGCGGUGUUUUCUUUUCCAAUAUUACUUCAAAAGUUGAUAUUUUUUUCAUCAAGAUAGCUGAUAAACAAUUUCUUUAACAUGUUGAUUGUUUACAAAUAAAAACAUUAAAUGCACUGAUUAAAUUCUAGGAAACCAGACGCUUAAAAAUAUGUAAUACAUUGCAUUUGUUUUUUAUUAAAAUAUAAAAUACAUAAUAGAAAUUUAAAAUUAGUAUUUCUUUUUUGAAAAAACAAGUGGUGCAUCAAGGGAACUCUUGACUUUUGUAUUUGAAUAUUGGGUAAAAAUAAAAUCACAAAUUAUACAUAUUAUUUUUCCAAGUAAUGCACCAAAAACUCCUUGAUAAACAAUUGCUGCAAUACGAUGAGUUUCAUGGCCAAAUAGAUC